AUGGCGCCGGCCGACGGCAAGGACGCGCCCCCUCCUCCCCGCCCCCCGCCUCCCCCCGCCGGGCCGGCCCUCCCCGGCGGCGCGGAGGAGUACGUGCGCGACUCCAUCGAGGCCUCCCUCGGCCUCCCCGUGCCCGACCGCUCGCUCCGAGCCAAGCUCGCCGCCUCCGAGGACCUGCGCCGCCGCCUCCAGGACCGCGUCUUCGCGCUCGAGGAGGAACUCCACGCCGCCGCCCGCCGCAUCGACCUCCUCAAGGUCCGUCCGCCUCUUCCCCCUUUCCCCGUCCGUUCCGUUCCGUUCCGCAUCGGCGGUUACCUGGCUGCUCGCUCGCUGGCUGUUCGACGGAAUGCCUGCCUGACGGAUCGAGACGGCCCCGUGCGGUGCGUGCAGAACGAGUCGGCGAUGAACGCGGAGGGGAUCCGGCGGUGCGUGGAGGAGAAGGAGGCCGUGGCGGCCGCGCGCGACCAGCUCGCCGCCCACGCCGCCAGGCUCGAGAAGGAGUGCGGCCUCUACGAGCGCGACCUGGAGCGCGCCAUGGAGUCCUGCGACGAGCUCGCCAGGGAGAGCGACGACCUGCGCAACCGCCUCAGGGACGCCCCCGACCUUACUGAACAAGUGCAAGCGCUGCAGAGGGACAAGGAGAUACUCAAGACCAACCUAAACAAAGCAGAGGAGGAGGUUAAGUUGCUAUUCGAGGAGAACAGAGCCCUCGACGAAGCCAACAAGAGGCUGCUGUGCUUGCUGGAGAAGGAGCAGAAGCAUCGGUCCGAAAGAAAGCACUCGGCCAGUAAUUCCACCAAGAAACGCAAGUCGUCGAGCCUCAAGGACACGAGCCCGGUCGGCCUGGCCAUCGAUUUCAACAGUGCGGACGCGUCGAGGCAGCCCCUGUUGCCCUUGCAGCCAAACUCUCCGGACUGCAGGGUCCAUAAGAAGUGA